AUGUUCAUCUGUUUAAACAAACUGAAAAUGGAAACUGAGUUCAAUACCAGUAAGAACUUUGUGCUCCUUGGCGUUGAGGAGAUGGAAAGGUUUAAAUAUCUUUACUUCUCACUUUUACUCCUAACUUACUUCUUCAUUUUGCUGUUUAGCUGCACGAUCAUCUUUGUGGUGGUGUUUGAUGAAAGCCUUCAUGAGCCCAUGUACACUCUCAUAGCCAUCCUUCUGCUCAACGGGAUAUUCGGGAGCACGUGUUUCUACCCAAAACUGAUCACUGACGUGUUAUUAUCAUCCAAAGAAAUUUCUCGUGUUGGCUGUUUCACCCAGGCAUCCAGCGUGAUACUUUUUGCCUAUUGUGAAAUCUCAACCUUCACCAUCAUGGCACAUGACACUUACUUAGCAGUUGGCAACCCAUUGAGAUACCCAAAGUUAAUGACAAACUUAGUGGUUUUGAAAUUAAUCAUGGGAUUUCUGAUCUUCAAUAUCAUCUUAACCUUGCCUGUUCCAUUGCUUUCUGCCAGACUCUUAAUUUGUGGGUCUCAUAUUAGCAAUGUAUAUUGUGAUAACCCAUCCAUCUUUACUCUCUCCUGUGUAGAUACUUCUCUCAACAAGUUGUAUGGGAAUGUAAGUUUUGUGAGUUAUUUAAUGGUUAUGACACUAUUUAUAGCCCAUUCCUACCUCCGGAUAUUGCUGAUCUGCCUCAAGAUUUCCAAAGACGCCUGUAAGAAAGCCAUUCACACCCUGGUGACCCACCUACUCAAUUUCUCCAUUUUUAUGGCAGGAGGUCUAUUUCUAUUUGUUCGUUACAGACUGGGGAACACCAAUCUCCCUCUUUCCUUCCAUAUUAUUUUAUCAAUACUUAGCUUUAUAUUUACCCCUCUUCUCACUCCUUUAAUAUAUGGAAUGAGGAUGCAAACGCUGAAAAUUAAAAUCAUUCAUCACCUCCAGCACAAUGUAUUUGUAAGAUAA